CAUGCCGGUUAGGAGACUAAGUCAUAGAAUAAUCUUAGUUUUGACUCUGCUAUUUCUGAUAAUUAUUUGUAUGAAAUUUACUGCUCUAGAAAGAUAUACAAAAUAUGGAAAUCAAGCGUUAACCUACUUCAACUUUGAAUCUCAUGAAGGCUAUGAAUACAAGAUCGAACCGAAAGACAGCGGCGAAUGGCACAUUUGGAGGAAUCACAGCAAUGUUAUUUACAUUCAUAGAGCUAUAUAUGAUUCAAGAAAUUUUUCACGAUGGCAAACACCGGCUGUUACCUUAAUGGUUUUAAGUAAUACUCAAAGACAUUCGGAUUUAGGAACAAUCAUAUGUUCGUACACCAUUUCCAACAAAACUGUCAGCAGAACCGCUAAAGUUAUAUUUCCUGUUUCCGGUUUCCGUUAUAAGCUUACUAAUUUGCAAGAGUUUGCAAUUCAAUGUCCAGUUGAUGAUAUUUAUCCUAUACCCACAUUUAUUACUGUUAGUCGAGGUGUUGAUUCUGCAAUUUUAAAAAUUGAGAGACCCUAUCCUGGUAAUGAGGCUAUAACCGUUUGCGUACCACUAGUCUAUGGUUCAUUCGAUGCGGGAAUGCUUAUUGAAUGGUUUGAAUAUCUGAAAUUUUUCGGUGUUAGUAUGGUUGAAAUUGCUAUGUGGGAAGUACCAAGUAGUGUUAGCCAAAUUUUUGACUAUUAUGAAAAACAAGGCUUUCUCCUGGUGAAUAAGAUGGAAAUUCCAUUCAAAAUAGACCUUUACGAGCCGGAUAACGAGCGUCUUCCUAGUAGCAAACCAAAAUUUUUAAAAGCAUUUGUGCCUAUUGCUUUGCACGAAUGCUUAACGAUGAAUGCAUUAAGAUCUAGAUAUAUUCUAUCACUAGAUUUCGAUGAAUUUAUCUACCUAAAUAUAUCGGUUUUUCCAAGUUUCAUUGAACUUGUCGACAGUUAUGUUGGUAACAAAAAAACAUCAACUGUUCAAGUACAAACCGGAAAGAUAAAAUUUGACGUCACUUGCGGACGCAAACUAUCAAGUCCUCAUUUUAUAAUCUCUCAUAAAUUUAGAGAAGACUUUUCAGUAAUGACAUAUAAUGACAAUCCAAAGUCAUUUAUGAGUACAAGUAACUGUCCGUUUAUAGGAAAUCAUUACUGUAUGUGGAGAAAUGAACGUUUUCAAAAGCAUUAUUUAAGAGUGCCAACAAGUCAUGCAUUUAUAGCUCAUUUUAGAAAACAUGUUUAUUGUUUAAAAAAGGUUGCCAGAUACGCAAUGGACACAACUUUAACGGAGAUUGAACCAUUUUUAGUUGAAAAUUUUAAUAAAGCAAAAGAAAAGCUGGGACUUUUAAUUAACAAAAAUUGA